AUGGCUAUCAUGUCAAAUGCAUUUUAUUUUCUUCUUUUAAAUGAGAUAUAAGAGCUUAAUGCACUGCUCUGUUUUUGAAUGUCCUUAAGCUUCUCUUUCCAGUCUUGAUAGACCAAUUUGAACAACCAGUAGGUGGUGUUUGUGCAAAUAGCAGCUACUUCUCUACCCGUGGAGCUGAAAAGCAAAACUCCACCUGCCAUACUGGAGCUUGGAAGCAAAAACUGAUUCUCUAAAUUCACUGCACCAUUAAGCUUAUUUCUUAUAGGUGGCUUUGGGUUGAACAACAUCAGAGCAGUGUCAAGCUGUGGAUACACUUGGUGCUUAUGACAAAUGAAAUACAAACGAUAAAUCCAAAUACAACUGACUUGAAGGUAAGAAAAUUCUAUUCAAGUUGUUUAAUUAAUUGCAGCUUUCUUAGCUAAUAUUUUCCUAGAGUUUUAGUAUCGGUCCUUGGACCAUUAAAAGCUUUCUUAAAACUCAAAACUAAACUAAACUAAUAUUACAGACCAAUAACAAAAUAUAUUGAGCUGCAACUUGAAAAAAUUAAUCUUUAAACUCAAUGAAGCUGCAUUUGAAUGUGUUGUAGCAUUUGAGUCAUUGCUUAAAAGGCAAAAAGACUAAAUCAGAGGUAAGCAAUUUGAAAGGUAACAGUCAAAUAUAAGGCAAAAAGAUGAGUCUUUCUGAUAAAGGAAAAGAACCAGCAGAAAUAGAGUUAAUUUAGCCUUUAAAGGAAGCCUGUUCAGCACCAGUUCAAGUGAACACAAGUUAGAACAGACCCUGGGAAUCUAUAAAGCUUUGUUUUAUUGCCAAGGUCAUGCAGCAAGAUCUGCAUUUUUCUAUCAUAACCAAUAAUUUAUUUAGGAUGUUUUAAAACCAAAUAUGAAUUUAAAUAGAUUAUUUCUUAUUGAACUGCCAACAGGUGGCAUGCAGUGCAGCCUGGCAUCACCUAAAUAAAAGUUUUAAUAUAUCCACUAAUAGCAUAUCUGAAUAUAAACCAGCCUUCUGGUGUUUGGAAGGAAAUCAGCUCUGGACAAAUGGCUGUAUGGAUACACAGGAAUUAAGGUCUAAGGCUGUUCAGGAAUUAGUAAAAAAGAGACAAAUGGAGCUAAAAUUCUGCCACUUUCCAAUCUGCAACAAGGAACACUCUUGAAGAAAAACUUGCAUUAUGCAAUACAAACAAUCAUUACAUUCAAAAAGUUUCUACAUAAUCUAAAACGUUAAGACUCUCAUCUGCAGUGUGGAUGGUACCUUGUAAAUAGCAAAUUUCUUAAAUAAUUUAGUUUUCUGGAAAUUGAUAACAUUCAGCCAAUUUCAAGCCAAACUGCCUUGCCUUCUGCUCCAUUUUAACAAGUUAUAAUGUCCUAUGAAAAAAGUAGAUCUUUCUUCAAAUCUUUAAAAUAAUUGUUAUUAAUGUCUUUGGAAAUGCCAAUAAUUUAACCAUUUGGCCCUAAAUACAAAGUGCAAAUACUGAUGUAAUCUUUCCAGCAGAGAUCAGAACCAUGGAAGCUUACACAGCAGCAAUAUCAUCAGUUAUUUGUAACAACACAUAUUUGAAACCUAAUGGUUCACAUUUGUGUAAUGAAAGCAUAUCAUCUAGCUUGUCUGAUAAAUCAGAUGAACAUGAACAAUAUGUUAUUGGGCUUUUCUUAUCAUGUCUUUACACUAUAUUCCUUUUCCCUAUUGGCUUUGUUGGAAACAUUCUGAUUUUGGUUGUUAACAUAAGUUUUCGUGAAAAAAUGACUAUUCCAGACCUUUACUUCAUAAAUCUUGCAGUAGCUGACCUCAUUUUAGUUGCUGACUCCCUCAUUGAGGUUUUUAAUCUUGAUGAGAAGUAUUACGAUAUCACUAUUAUUUGUACUUUCAUGUCUUUGUUCCUUCAGAUCAACAUGUAUAGCAGCAUCUUCUUUCUGACAUGGAUGAGUUUUGACAGAUAUAUAGCACUUACAAAAGUAAUGAGGUCCAACAUAUUUCGCACCAUGCAACAUGCUAGAUUAAGCUGCGGCCUCAUAUGGAUGGCAUCAAUUUCUGCAUCACUGGUGCCAUUUACAGUUGUACAUUUACAACACACUGGAGAGAUCUACUUUUGCUUUGCAGAUGUGAAAGAAAUCCAGUGGCUAGAAAUAACAUUGGGGUUUAUCAUCCCCUUUGUGAUCAUCGGUCUUUGUUACUCGUUAAUUGUUCGAGUUCUCAUAAAAGCGCACAAACACAAGAGUCUUCGAUUACGGCGGCAAAAGGCUCUUCGGAUGAUUUUUGUAGUUGUCCUUGUUUUCUUUAUCUGUUGGCUACCUGAAAAUGUCUUCAUCAGCGUUCAGCUUCUUCAAGAAAAAGGAGAGCCAGCUUCAUCAAGCAGUCAAUCUUUUAGACAUGAUUAUCCCUUAACAGGACAUAUUGUAAACCUGGCAGCCUUUUCUAACAGCUGCCUGAACCCACUAAUUUACAGUUUUCUAGGUGAAACUUUUAGAGAUAAACUACGGCUGUACAUUGAGCAGAAAACUAAAAUGUCAACAUUAAAUCGCUUUUGUCAUGCUGCCCUAAAGUCUGUCAUUCCUGACAGCAAUGAGCAAUCAGAAGUUUAAUUUAGUAGGGUUGUAUAAAAACAUUCAACUGUGAAAACUGCAAAUAUAGAACAAAAUGCUUGUUACUAACAGAAAAAUAUGUACAUAUCCUGCCCUACUGAGGACUGAAAGUUUAUACUCUAAAUAUUUUUAUGACAAGACUUUAAUGUGAAAGAAUACAUUUUAGUCAUUUGUAUUUAAUAAUGAACAGGAUUAUUAAAAACCUAGCAAUGAGGGGGGCUGUAUUUGCUUUAUACUUGUAUGAAUGAUAAUAUUGCAGAAAAUUUUAUCCGGCUAGGAAGACUCUAGAUAUAACUUGAUUAUCAGAGAUUGCUACUUUCCUGGCAUAUGUAAGGUGCUGCCACUUACAUAAUGAAGCUGCCAUACCAGUGGAAAAAAACUCAUUACAACAUACUGAUGUGGAGAAGCAGAAAAAAGUUAUUGAUUUUUUUCAUACGAAUGAAACUUUGACAGCUUUGCUAAGAACUACACAGUAUAGCUUAUUCAUUGUUCUAGGAUGCAUUUGAGCCAUUGAUAUUUUGUUUCUCUUAAUUUCAUCUAAAAGGUUCUAUCCAAAGGUUUAAGUUUUUUCCCAAUUUGUAACUACUGUUUACAUCAGCACUUCACCAAGUCUGAAGUCAUAUGUAACCCCCCAUCAGCUGUCUUGCACAUCACAGUGAAACUUCAAAAGAGACAUCUGCUGUUUCAUUUUACCUUUACAUAUUGCCUAAGAAAAAUCAGGUUCUCUUGCCACAGCUGCAGGUGCACAUAAACACGUUUACAUCAAGUCCUUAUAUUUAAAUGAAAGUCAAACACUACAUUUUUCUAUUGUAACAUGUUUGUCUCGAUUGUAAGAAUGGAAUACUGUAUCUUUUUAAAAUACCUUCUGCAAGCAUGACAGUGUAAGAAUCUCUUGAUUAAA